GGCACAACACCGGACAGUCUGACUCGCAGCGGUGGUGGUGGUGGUGGUGCAGGCUGAAGAUGAUGGAGAUGAGGAAGAUGAAGAUGAGGAUGCUGGGGGUGACGAUGAUGAUGGCGAUGAUUCCUCUUAGCCAACAGAUCUCCGUGAAACGACACCUUUCCAACGACCAUAACGACCCCCUCUCCCACCCCCCCGACGACCCCUCUCACUCCUCGUCCUCCUCCGCCCACGACCUCAGUCACAGUCUCCACAUGCUGAUGACCGGUCUGAGCGAGUCACCACACUUGGCCGCCAUGUUGGACAGCCUGGUCGUGGAUGACCAAGAAGACACGAGAGCGAUGGAGAGCGUGAAGAACGUGAUGAAGAUGAGGAAGAAAGAAAGAGAAGGAGGAGGAAGAGGAGGAGGAGGAGGAAGAGGAGGAGGAGGAGGAAGGCGAAGAGGAGACGCCCAUUUGCACCACCAGGAUGAAGAAGGAGAAAACGGAGGAGGAGGAGCAGGAGGAGGAGGAGCAGGAGGAGGAGGAGGAGGAGGAGGAGAAGUAGGAGGAGGAGGAGGGACACAAACUGCUGAAUUCACCUUGGAGCCUCAUCUUGGACCCGCCAUCUUGCCUUUCGAGGUUCCGGAGGGGUAUUUCGUGCCCUUCGUGCCCAGAAACGCGUUUGGUGUCGUGAAUGGCGUGUCAAGACCCCCGCACGGCCACGGCUCCUUCUAUGCCCACCGGACGCCGGGGCUGGUCGACGUGCUCAACUCCCCCGCGUACGGCUUCCUCUUCAGCGGCUGGCGGCGGUUUGGCGGCGGCGGGGAGGGAGCUGGUCUGGGGCUGGGUCUUGGCGGCGAUGCAGGUCUUGAUCUGGGUCUUGGGGAUUUAGAUGGUCUGACUUUUGGGGAUUUAGAAGCUCUGGGUAUUAGUCUCGCGGAUUUAGAAGGUCUCGCGGAUUUAGAAGGUCUGGGUCUUGGUCUUGGUGGUGAUGGAGGAGGAGAUUUUGGUGGUGAUGUUGGAGGUCUUGAUGGUGUUGGUGGUGUUGUUGGUGGUGAUGAAGGAGGAGUAGGUCUUCAUGUUGUUGGUGGUGAUGAGGGAGGUCUUGCUGGUGGUGGUGUUGGAGAUGGUGAGAUUUCUUCUAAGCUUGGAGUCGUAUUAGGUGGUGGUGAGACUGAAGGUGAUGCUGGAGGUGAUGUUUUGCCCUUGUCUGAGAGUGAGUUGCUGAGUGCCUAGCCCUCCCUGACCUCACCCAGCACUGGCUCAAGCGCCACUGGGACGGAGAUGAGCACCGAGGCCACGCGCAGCUACACCGUAUGCCCCAAACUUUGCCUUUACAUACUCAGGUCAGGAUCAGCUAGCUCAGUGCCCCCUACACAACCCC